AUGGAAGAAAGUGAAAGAAAAGUCAAUGUGAUUGAAAGGUCAAAUAAAUCCAAGGCUAAGACUUUUGACUGUCGAAACUGUGGCAAGAACCAUAGCUAUCGUAGCUGUCCAGCUUAUCGACACGUGUGUAAGACAUGCAAUAGAAAUAACCACUUUGAAGCAUAUUGCACAAAAAACAAAUCUCAAGAUAAAAAUAAAAAAAUAGCAAGCACAUCAAAAAACAUACAUCUUUGCGAAGAACAAAGUGAUGAUGAUGACUUACCAUUGUUUAUUGGAUGCGUGUCUCAAAAUGAAAUUGUCGAAAAUGACAAAUUCACCGAAACCAUAAAUAUUAAUGGCAAAAGUCACAAAAUUAAACUCGAUACAGGUGCUCAAUGCAACGUUUUGCCUCAAAAAAUAGUAAAAAGCACAGAUUCUAAGAUAAUCCCAUGCACAACCAAAAAUCUUAUAUCUUUCAGCAACCACAGGCUUAAUGUACUUGGCGAAUCAAUAAUUCGUUGCACCAUCGCUAAUCGAGAGUGCAAAAUAACAUUUAAAAUCGUGGCCGAAGAAAUACAACCGAUUCUAGGUUCAAACACAUGCGAGAAGCUUGGUCUUAUAAGUCGUAUAAAUAAAAUCAAGAAAGAUGAUAACAUAUUUGAAGGAUUAGGGUGCUUAAAAGGCUAUGAAUACGACAUUGAUCUGAUAGACAAUCCUAAGUUCGAGAUAACUCCGGCUCGGCGUAUUCCAUAUAAAAUUAGAGAUGACGUGAAGAAAGAACUUGACAACAUGGUUAAAUUAGAUGUCAUAGAGCCCACGAAUGAAGCAACCAAAUCCGUGUCGCCAAUGGUCAUAGUGCGAAAUAAACAAAAACUGCGAAUUUGUAUUGAUCCAACCAUCGUCAAUCGCAACAUAAUGCGCCGCCACCACCCAAUGCAAACUAUCGAGGAAAUUGCAGCCCAAUUACGUGGGUCUAAAUAUUUUACUCUUUUGGACUGUAUGCGAGGUUUCUGGCAAGUGCGUGUAUCAGACCGCACGAAAAAAAUUUUAACUUUUGCUACUCCGUGGGGAAGGUUCAGCUGUAAAAGGCUCCCAUUUGGAAUUUGUUCAGCUCCCGAGGUGUUUCAACACAUCAUGCACACCUUAUUCGGCCAUAUACCAGAUGUAAAAGUUUCGAUGGAUGAUAUCCUCAUCCAUGCAAAAUCAAUCGAAGGCUUAAGACGUACCACAGAGAAAGUAAUCAACAUCUUAAAAGAAAAUGGGUUAAAACUAAACAAAACCAAAUGCAUAUUUGAGCAAAAAACCAUUAAAUUCUUAGGCCAUAUCAUCAGCGCACAAGGAAUGACACCAGACCCCGAAAAAACCGAUGCGAUUCAACGACUUAAAGAGCCAACAAACCGUAAAGAAUUAAUGCGCGUCUUGGGAAAAUUUACUUAUCUCAGCAAAUAUAUAAAGAACUUUUCAUCAAUCGCAAAGCCACUCCGUUCACUAUUGGAAAAGUCAACACCGUGGAUUUGGGAAACCAACCAAGCCACUGCAUUCGAAAAACUUAAAUCGAUUAUAAGCAAACCCCCUGUGCUCCGAUUGUAUGAUGUAAACGAUGAUGUAAAGCUACAAGUAGAUGCUAGUUCUACAGCACUAGGUGCUGUCCUAUUGCAAAAAGAGCAACCCGUAGCAUUUGCAUCAAAAGCACUAACUGAUUGCCAGACCCGCUAUUCACAAUUAGAAAAAGAAGCUCUCGCAAUAAAAUUUGGUUGUGAGAAAUUUCAUGAAUAUGUUUGGGGGAAAAAUAUUGUCAUUGAAUCCGACCACAAACCGUUAGAGGUAAUCUUUAGAAAGCCAAUUCAUUCUUCACCAGCACGCUUACAACGAAUUCGUCUGAGCUUACUUACUUACAAUCCAAUAGUCGUUUACAAACAGGGCCAACAUAUGCACCUAGCCGACCCGUUAAGUAGGGAUUGCAGAAACAAUAAAGAAAAAGAGCACGAAGAAAACGACUUACAGAUUCAGCUCGUACUCUCGAUUUCUGACAAAGAGCUAGAUCGUCUAAUUAAUCUCACCAAAAAUGAUGAAACUUUCAAACAACUUACACAGUAUAUCACUGACGGCUGGCCAAGCAACAUAAAUUACCUACCAAAGUGUGUUAAGCCAUAUUGGAAUUUUAGAGAAGAGCUGGCAAUAUAUGACGGAGUCAUAUUUAAAGCACAAAAAGCACUCAUACCAAUCAAAAUGAGAGAUGAAGUCCUCAAGUACAUCCAUAGUGGACACUUCAGUUACGAAAAGUGUGUUCAAAAAGCCAGGGAUGCAAUUUUCUGGCCAAACAUGAGCGCUGACAUAGCCAGCUAUAUAAAAAAAUGUCCCGCCUGUCAGGUUCAUCAACGUGACAACAAUAAAAUUGAGAUCGGAGCCACACAGAUACCAAAUUACCCAUUUGAGAUAACUGCAGCUGAUUUGUUCUAUUUCAAUGGUGAAGACUAUAUUGUGUUAACAGACAGCUACUCAGGUUACAUUAAAUUUCAAAUUUUAUCAGAGGCUACAGCCAAAAAUGUUAUUCAAUUUCUAAAAAGCGUUUUUUCUAGCAAUGGCAUCCCUCGUAUAUUAGAAACGGACAAUGGCCCACAAUUUUCAUGUCAAGAUUUCAAGACAUUCUCAACGGAUUGGAAGUUUAAACAUCAAACAAGUUCUCCAUAUCACACAAGGGGUAACGGACUAGCUGAAAGGGCAGUCCAAACAGCAAAAAAUAUUUUAAAAAAAUGCAUGUAUGAUAACACCGACCAUCACCUGGGCUUAUUAAACUUCAUGAACCUUCCAAGAGGUAAAUUAGGAAGCCCUGCCCAAAGACUCUAUGGCCGAGACAUAAGAUCACCCUUACCAACAGUCAUUUCCUCGCUUGUACCAAAAACAAAAACAGCUGACAUACCACAACUACUAAAAGAAGAACGCCAAAAACAAGCCAACUACGCAAAUAAGGGAUCUAAGGCAGACAAAGAACUGAAUCAAGGGCAAAAGAUUGUAACCAGGAUUAAUAAAAAAAAAGAAUGGAAACCAGCAGUCAUCAUCGAUAAAGUUCAUCCCAGAUCAUACAUAAUCAGUGACGAGGAAGGAAAGCUAUUCCGUCGAAGUUCCUGCAACAUAAAGCCUACGGAAGCCGAAAUACGUAAUCCUCCAACUAAUAUCGCAGACUUCCAGACGCCAGAAAGCGCAUUCCAACCAUCACCACCUAGAAACACCAAGUCAACACCGCAUCCAUCAACAACCAAUAGUCAACCAAAACCCAGUGAUCCUGAUUUACAGAAUACAGCCUCCACUGGGCUACAGUCGUCAUCAGCCUAUACAACCAG